GCUCUGCCGUUAGACCCUCUCCCCGCUUUCUCUCCGCGGUCAUGUGACCCGACAGCAUCGCUCCUCUCCGCCUGCAAACAGCUGUGAGCGAGCGAGACAGUGUGCAGCAGGGCUCUUCACAAACAUACAAAACACGAGCGGGACAACAUGGGAGUGGAGAUCGAGUCCAUAACCCCCGGAGAUGGGAGGACUUUCCCCAAAAAAGGACAGACGUGUGUGGUGCAUUAUGUUGGCUCUCUGACAGAUGGACGGAAGUUCGACUCUUCCCGUGACCGUGACAAGCCAUUUAGGUUCAAGAUUGGUAAACAGGAAGUGAUCCGUGGCUGGGAGGAGGGUAUUGCGCAGAUGAGUGUGGGCCAACGUGCAAAGCUGACCUGUUCACCUGAUUUUGCCUACGGUAAUAAAGGCCAUCCUGGGAUUAUUCCCCCAAAUGCGACCCUCAUCUUCGAUGUGGAGCUUCUCAGUUUGGAGUGAUUUAAUGCAUUAACAAUGCCUUUUGUUAAUUUUUGACUAUAUUAUAAAUGUUUCAUGUGUCAAAAGGUUUAGUCUUAACAUUAGAAAUUUGGUUAAAUCAAUUGUCAGGCCAUAUUUUAGUCAUUCUUCUCAGAACCAGCUUUAUUCAGCAUCCCAUCCCACAGUUUUGGGCACAUUAUGUAAAGAUCUGUGCUUUAUUUGAUCAGAGUUCUCCAACAUUUUAUAUUUUGCUUUAGUCACAUUACAUCAGAAAUAAUUCUUUAGCUCCUUUAAUUUAUAUCCAACCUCUUCCUGUCUGAUACAAUAUCACCAAAAACCUUGCAUUGUUCUUAAUCCUGAACUUGAACCCUUAAAGGAACCCUUUAGA